GUCCCUACGCGCAUGCUCGCAGUGUGAACGCUCCUACAGCAAUGCUCGCAGUGCGAACGCUCUGCAGAACGCAACGCUAGACACAUCACCAAAAACUGCAGCGCAGCCAUAUGCUGCGCCGCCUCCUGGGCAGGGCGCCGCUCUGGCCGGCCGCAGGUGCGAUGCGCACAAAUAGCACGGUGGCCGACGCCGCUGACGAGCUCGAGCUCGUGCACGCGACGGCGACGUUCCGCCACGGCGCGCGCUGCCCGGUCUUCGGCCUCGACAGCGACGUCGUCAGGCGAGUCCAGUGGGACUCGUGCGCGGAGACGGCGCGGCUCGGCGCCCGCGUCGACGCGGGCGCGGACGCCGUCGUCGCGCUGACGGCGCGGAGCGGCGCGAUGCGGCCGUCGGCAGUCGACGCGCAGCAGCGGAGCCACGCGCUCGCCGGCGGCGCGCGGUCGGGCGAGCUCACGCGCGUCGGCUGGGCCCAGGCGCAGGCGCUGGGGGCGAGGCUCCGGGCGCGCUACGGCGUUGCCGACUUCGAGGAGCUCCGGCCGCGCCUCGCGUGCCGGACGACGCACGUGUCGCGCUGCGUGCUGACGCUGCGCGGGGUGCUGCUGGGGCUGGGCUUCGCGGAGGGCACCGCCCCCGUCGUCGUGGAGACGGCGCACGCGUCGCGCGAGACGCUGACGCCCUCCACGAAGCGCUGCCCGCGGCUCACGCGGCACUGGGCGCGGUGCCGCGCGGCGCUGCGGAGCACGCGCCGCCACGUCGACACGAGUCCGUCCGCGUUCCGGCGGCUCGUCGCGAAGGUGCCGGCCGACGCCCGGGCGACGUUCGGGUUCCCCGCAACGGCCGUGCCGCUCAAGGACGCGUUGAUCGCGCUCGAUAGCCUCGCCGCGGAGGAGCUGCCCUGGGGCGUGACGCAGGACGAGCUGGGCGCGCUGGACGACGCGGCCGCCGCCGAGGUCGCCCUGCUGCUCGGCGUGGGGAGCGGCGACGGCGGCGCCGACGAGGCGGAGGCGCUGCGCCUGGCGGCGGGGCCGCUCUGCCGCGACGUGCUCGCGGGGCUCGACGCCGCGGUCGCGGCGCCGGCCUCGAAGCCGACGCUCACCCUGCUGUCGGGCCACGACACGACGGUCAAGCCGCUCCUCGUGGCCCUCGGCGUCUACGACCACAAGUGGCCGCCCUUCUGCGCGUGCGUCGUCGUCGAGGUGCUGCGCCGCCGGCGCGACGACCAGCUGGUCUGUCGCGUGCUCUACGACGGCGCGACGUCCCCCGCGCCGGCGGCGGCGCCGGAGGGUCCCUUCUACGUCGUGCUCGAGGAGACGUACGAGGCGUUUCGGGGGCGCCUCGCGGCCGUCGCGCUCGACGCGGACGCGUGGGGCGAGCUAUGCGGCGGCGCCCUCGAGGGCGGCGUCGAGGGCGGCGGCGACACGUUCGGGCCGUAGUUAAACUCAAGUGUUAAUC